AACAGCCAUGCCCUGUCUUGGUUAACUCACAGGUUCAAGUUCAGUGCACUCGAGAAGGUUGUUUCUUCAGACGAUCUAAAACCUGAGCUCUUCCAGGACCCACGCACCAUGCACUCCUGGGUAUUUUUCUGCUUUGCACUUAUGUUCUUGAGCGCCUCCGUGAAUGGUUUUGGAGGAGCUGAUGACCGAUACAUCAAGAAGUACGCCAUGAUGAAGGUGUACGAGAGUUGUUUUGGAUCUGACGUGGUGAAGGAGGUGCGCCAGGAGAUGAAGGCAGCGUGCGCCAAGUGCGCCGGAGUGUCCGCCACUGCGCCUGGUCAGGCCGUACCUUCUCUAGCCGAGCCGAGCGACAAGAAGAAGCCUCCUGCAGGCGCUGUGCCGCCCUCGUUCGACGCUACCAGACUCCAACAGGCAAUUCUUAGUUUCAGGUCUCCCCCACAGCAGAAUCCUCUGCUGUCUGGAUACAUACAGCAGAGUCCUACAGUGACACCCCAGUACAGGCCUGCAGGCUUCUACCCCCAGCAAUUCCCCCUGUACUACCCUGCAGUGCCCAGCGGAUCUCUGUACAACCCCCAGCCUGUGCCCUACCAGAGUGUCUACCCUGCAGGGCCCAACCCCUAUUAUCAGGCACCUUUCUAUCCUGGUGCACCAACAUACUCUUCUGGUCAGAGAGCUUCGAGAGAUCUCGACAUCAGAGGGCAACUGGAAACUCUGACAUCACGUCUCAAUGGCAAGAUAAGGAAUGUGACGUGUGUGAUGCAGGAACUUGGCUAUGUAAGUUUUCGUUCUUUCCCAAUUCCUACUGCACAAUGGGUGCAGUAUCAGAAGAGACUGGGCACAUAUGGAACAAGUCACACAGUAUUUUGGUUAGCUCUUUGUUAGCCAAAUCAUCUGGUC